AUGUCUACUUCCGUGGAGGGGUCAAUGUAUCCCCCGCACCUCACGGAUGCCGAGCGGGACAACCUCGUCCUGACCAUCAAGGACUGGUCCAUUGGCAACGGGCUCGCCAUCCGGCCUCCUCCCGCCGUCAUUCCCACCGAUGCUGACCCGUCGGGCAUCGCCGCCAUCAACGCUCCCGUCACCCUCUUCCCCAGCGCGUUCCCCCGGAUAUGCUUUGAGCAGGGCAAGGCAGUGCAGCAGACGUAUAACGAUCUGUACGCCGCGGUCAGCCGGGAUGAGGAAUUCCUCGCCCAGAUUGUGAAGGAGGUUGCCGACGGCGACGACUUCAUCCGGAACCUGUGGCAGAUCCAUCUCAAGGUCAAGCAGGAGGGAUACACCCAGCCACUGUCCUUGGGUCUCUUCAGGUCCGACUACAUGGUUCAUCAGGAUACUUCAACGUCACCACCGUCGUUGACGGCCAAGCAAGUCGAGUUCAAUACGAUUGCAUCAUCCUUUGGCGGCCUCUCCUGCUUCACCUCGAGGCUCCACAGGUACCUGGCCGCAACCGAGUACCCUCUGAUAGACGAGGCAAUUCCAGCGGGCUCGCUCAACCUUCCGGAAAGCACCGCCGUUCAAGGCCUUGCUGGCGGCAUCGAGGCCGCGUUCCACGCUUACCCGCCUUCGGAGCUCGGCCAUCCCAAGUGCAUAAUCUUUCUCGUCCAAGGCGAUGAACGCAACGUCUUCGACCAGCGCCACCUUGAGUACCAAAUCGCUAGCUCGUCUCCGACUGCCCCUGUCUUCAGGCUUGCCUUCUCCGACAUACUCACCCACACAACGGUCGCCGACACGCCAAAGCGACAGCUUCUUUACCGCUUGCCUCGCAACCCGGCAAAAGUCUUCGAGGUCGCCGUAAUUUACAUGCGCGCUGGCUACGGCCCGGGUGAUUAUCCUGACCAGCGAGCAUGGGAUGCGCGCUACCAUCUUGAACGCUCCGCGGCCAUUAAAUGCCCUACGGUUCUCACCCAGCUCGCCGGAACCAAGAAGGUGCAACAGGUCCUGGCCACACCACGACCCUCAUCGGCACCAUCGAUGCUGGGACGCUUCAUCAAAGAUGAUACGCCCGCCGCUGCAGAGCUGUGGAGGACGUUCACAAACAUAUACCCCAUGGACACGUCGGAGGCCGGUCUUGAGGCGCGCAAGAAGGCACUCGACCCCGAGGCCUGUCAAGCGUACGUCCUCAAGCCACAGCGUGAGGGCGGCGGCAACAACAUCUACCGUGGUGCUAUUCCCAGCUUUCUCAAGUCCGUCCCUGAGGAGCAUUGGGGAUCAUUUAUCCUCAUGGAGCUGAUCACGCCCCCGCCGGUGUCCAACACCAUCCUCCGCAACGGCAAGAUUGAGCAGGGCGGCGUCAUCUGCGAGCUGGGCGUGUACGGCACCUGUCUGUGGAACCAGAGCAGCGGAGAGGUGCUUCGAAACGAAGAGGCGGGCUACCUUCUGCGCACAAAAGGCGACAAGAGCGAGGAAGGUGGCGUUGCGGCAGGUUAUGGAUGCAUGGACAGCUGCUCCCUUGUGUAG